AUGGCUUCUCUUAUCCCCACUCUUCUUCAACCUUUCUUCUCUCCAGUCGGUGAACCUAAAGCACCGAUCUCUGCUCAAACCUCUGACCUCCCUCGCACUCUCUCUCGUAGAGACGCCGUCUCCGCCUCUCUCUUCCUCCUCUCUCUCUCUCCAACCAAUCCCGCCUCUGCCUUCGGAAUCUCAGGACCUAAAGAAUGGCUGAAAGAUCAGAAGAAGAAGUCGUCGAGGUUCUUGUUAGCUCCUAUCGAUGCUUCUCGUGAAAGCCUCCGCUCUGUUUAUCUUUCCCUAACGACUAGAGAGUCUGAUUAUGCGGAUAAAGAUUUGGAGAGUCUUCAGAGUCUGUUAAGGACUUCUGCAAGAGAUUGUGUUCCUAAAGAGAGAACCUCUCUUGUGGAUUUUCAGUCUAAAACCGGAGUCGAGGUUUGCACAUUUAAGCUUGUUCUGAAGAAUGCUGCUUCAUUACUAGAUGAUAAAGAUCCACUCAUAUUGGAAGCAGAGGAUACCCUAAAUGAUCUCAUAAGAUCUUUCGGUUCCCUUAUCGUUCUCACGAAUGGGAUUGAUAUGAAUCUUCCUUCUGAUAGAAAAAAGAUCGCAGAUGCUGUUGUGGAAGCAAUCUCUUAUCUUGACAAGUUUGAAACAGGUGUCAAGAACUGCCUUGAGAUCUGA